GAAGCACUCCCUCGAACUUCCUUCCGUGCAUUCCGCUGCUUCCCCUCUGUCUAGUUUCGUGCUAAUCCUGAGUGCGCAGACUGCAAUAGAUAUUUGCUGACGAUGACCCAGCAGUCAGUAUUGUCUGGCUCAAGCUCCCUGGUCUACGAACCUGAGCUUGGCGACCACAAACAACCCAACAUCCUGCCGCUUGUUUCCGACCUGCGGUCUAUGAAAUCCCCCCAGUCUUCCCUCGACCGCGUCGCUUCGAGCGGGCUGGAAAAUCUCAAGGUGCCCCCAGCUUUGCAGAGGAAUGAUUCUCGUGAUACCGAUAUAUUCCAGAUUUUCCCCAUGGACGUUGACAACAACCCCUCCUCAGUCACGACAUACAAUGCAAAGGACAUAGGGAUUGAGCCUGAAAUUCUGCGUAGCUCAUCAAUCUCAAUCCCCGGGUCUACAAAGGAGAAUGAACUAUGCGAUCUCGAAAGCCGAUCAUCUCCGACCAAAUUGACUUUGAACGAGCCCACCGUGAGCGCGAUACAUGGCGUCCUUAUUGAACCGAGUCGUACAGAAAGUCUCAAUCGCGAGCUCUCUCAAAAGCCCCCCAAGCCACCAAAGCCGGCUUUCCUCUCUGAGCUCGAAGUUCCUACUUUCACUGUAUCCGAACAUGUUCGCUCAUCUGUGGCUGAUCCCGGAACGACGCGCCAGAGAAGAAAGUCCCUUGGCACAGAUCCUCAGAUGCUAGCACUGCGGCAGGGUAUAAGGGCUCCUUUGCGUCUUUUCAACCUAUCGAUGGGACGUUAUCAGGGACAUGACUCAAUAAUGCGAAUAAAGAAACCCUGGACUAAUCAGAGUUCCCCAUCAUCGCAUGUCCUUCCGCGUCUAAUAAUACCAUGUCCAGAGACGACAACCUACGUUGUGAAAGAUAGCCCGGAAGUGCCAUUGCCGGCACCGUGUCCGAUUGUCGACGAGUCACUCUUCCGUCACAACCUCGGAUUACCAGACAGCGCAGCAAGUAACAAUAUCCGGCUCCCUGCCCUUGACGGUCAUCGUCAAACCCUGCCACAUGGACGGCGUUCAAUCGGUGAUUUGCUGGAGACGUAUAUCCGCAAGCCCUUCCGAUCGAUCUGGCUACAGACCAAGGAAAACGAGUGUGCUAUUGUCAGCUUGGUAAUUGGGCAGCGAUCUGAGCGGGACUUGCUAUCUCAAUCAAUGUCAUGCUCGUUCCAUGUGCACGUCGCUUGGCCGAUUGCGCAGACCUAUGCUAAGAGCCGCGACGGUCUAAAAGAUACUUUUGUUUCCCCGUACAUGUCCACGGCACAUCUUGUUAGGGUUGACGUCAUUGUUCCACUUCUAUUUCUGCGGAUUGUGUCUUUCCUCAAUGCCGCUUUCCUCCAGGUCAUAGGCUCUGCAGCCCCAUGUGCAGUGAUUGGAUUGCUCCACCUACUUCUGCAUUUCGCUGUAGUAUCUCUUACUUUUCUCUUGGAAAAGGUUGGUGUCAAUGUCUUCAUUCAGAGCUGACCGCGUCUGAGAGAUACAGUGGUGUGGAAGAGGGGCAUUUGGUCGAUCGACCGAGUUAAGCACAAAGGUUCAAUCAAAACGAGGGUCUCAGUGAGGAAGGGCAAUGAGAACGAGAGCUAGGGUUUUAUUAUUAUCCUAUUGUGAGAUUGUUACAUAGUUGAUUCAUGACUAUUGAACCUAUGACCAUUAGAUAUCGAGACAAGGCUGCCGACGAAUAGACUUUAUGUCGAGAGCUAUCUAAUAGUCAUGGGGAAGUCUAACCGAGAAAAGAAUAGCAGAUUCCGAUUAUCACAUG